AUGACAUCCAUUUCGCUACCUGCGUCGGUGCCUUUCCCUGUCACCGUUACUGCCGUCAUGUGUCGGCCUGGUGAUGAGGUGAAGAAGCAUACUACGCUCAUCAAAUACCGUUACUGGGACUACCAAGAUGAUCCCAACCUGAAAGAAACAAAUCCUCCCAAAAUCCGGGUGGAACGAAUCGGAACGUUCGAGUCACCUAUAGAGGGCGAGGUUACUGAGAUUGAGGUCGGAGUCAACGACGAAAUUGCUCACAGUGGUGUCCAGCUCUGUAAGGUGCAAGAAGCAUGUUCACAUACUGUUCAGUAUGGAGGACUUUGUGCUCUCUGUGGAAAAGCGGUAGAAGACGAAAAAGAUUAUAGCGGGUAUACAUAUGAAGAUCGUGCCACGAUUCUGAUGGCUCAUGACAACACAGGACUCCGUAUUUCGCUUGAUGAGGCAGCAAAGAUCGAACAAAGCACCACCGAAAUCUUGGUGGCCGAUAAGAAGCUCAUUUUGGUGGUUGAUUUGGACCAGACAGUCAUCCAGGCCACUGUAGACCCGACUGUGGGUGAGUGGCAGCGGGAUCCGCAGAAUCCCAACUAUCCUUUUGUAAAAGACGUUAGAUCUUUCAGUCUUGAAGAGGAACCAGUAAUUCCGCCCGGCUGGGUUGGCGCAAGACCAGCACCUACCAAGUGUUGGUACUAUGUCAAGCUCCGGCCGGGACUCACAGAGUUUCUUGCACGCAUCUCGCAACUUUACGAGCUUCACAUUUACACCAUGGCAACCCGAAAUUACGCUCUAGCCAUUGCCAGCAUCAUCGACCCUACAGGCGAGUACUUUGGUGACAGAAUUUUGAGUAGGGACGAAAGCGGCCUGCUUACUCACAAGAACUUGAAAAGACUUUUUCCCGUGGACCAGUCCAUGGUGGUAAUCAUUGACGAUAGAGGAGACGUGUGGCAAUGGGAAGCAAAUUUAUUGAAGGUUGUACCUUACGAUUUCUUUGUCGGAAUCGGUGAUAUCAACCUGAGUUUUCUACCGAAGAAGAAUGGCCAGUUGAUGGGUCCCACUAAAAAGAGGAAAACAAUCGCUCGUUUGGAGGCUAUGGAGGAGGCACAAUCGAGUGAAAGUGAGUCUGAGACACCAGAAAAGCCAGAAGGCGCCGAAUCGGCACAAGUUUCGGAAGAUACUCAGUCUCCGGAAGGUGAUUACAGCGAGUCGGAGCCUCCAGAGUCCGAUUCCGAGGUAUCAUCACCCGUUGAUCGCAUUCUUGAGCUUGGCGGAGGUGAAAAUAAUAAAAACCUUCUUUUGGAGCAGCUGAUCACCAGGAGCCAGUCACUAGAGCAGCAGCAACAUGACAGACCAUUGGCAAAGCUCCAGCAUAAUUUGGACAAAAUUAUUCAUGACCACGAAUUGGACUCUCCAGCACCAGAAACUAACGGGAAAGUUGAAGAGGAAGAAGAUAACCUCUUAUAUGAUGACGAUACUGAACUUUUCUCCUUACAGACAGCCUUGGAGAAAAUCCACUCAGAGUACUACAUCGAAUAUGACCGUUACAAACUUCAUCAGGACAGAAUUCCUCGUCCUGAUCUCACUACUAUCAUUCCAAAGUUGAAGUCUACCCGUCUUUCGGGCAUAAAUAUUCUUUUCUCGGGCAUUUUGCCGUUGGGUAUGAACAUCGAUAGUGCAGACAUCGUCAUUUGGUGCCGGCAGUUCGGUGUCCGUGUGACCAAUGAAGUGUUUCCGGAUGUCACCCACGUUGUUUGUCGAGACCCAUCAUCUACGUUCAUGAAACCAGGACUUACGCUUAAGGUACGUGUGGCGAAGAAGACGAUCUCAAACGUGAAGAUCGUCAACCCAGAUUGGCUUUUCGCAUGUUUGAGUCAGUGGAAGCAUGUUAGUGAGGAUGAUUAUUUAAUCGAUGUGCCUGAGCAGGAUUGGUUCGUUGCAGACAGAGAUGUGGAAAAGUACCAAAAGAGCCUUGAGGCAAUUAAAAUGAAGAACUCAAGGCAAAUUCAGAGGCCAAGAGAGGGUUCUCUUUCUUCAAUUGAAGAAUACGACUUUAAUGAUGCUAGCGCCGAAGUGGAUGAUUUCUUGGCCGGAAUCAGUGACGAAGAUGAUGAAGAGGAUGGAGAGAAUGGUGAUGGAGGAAUCAGCGAUAGCGAAGAAGACGAGGAGCAGGCACCUCAGAAUAACGGAGGUUCCUUUGUCAAGAGUCUUUACGCUCGCAAGAGAUCAAUGGAAGACGACGAAGAUCGUGAAGCUGACGUCGAUGAUUUGCAGUCGACAGCCAAGCGCCCACGUACCGCAGAUGAUAUCGAUGAAUUGGAGCAAGAACUUCUAGACGAGCUCGACCACCUUGAGGAGUGA